GAACGAUACAACCCGAACCGUGGCAGAAGGCGGCCAUGCGACCAAAGAAAUCUCGCCCUCGCAUAAAUCACACUGUUCCUAAAUGAUGGUAUAGCAUUUGAAUCUGUGCCCCUAUCCAUCUAUGCCGCCCAUAACUUGAAUCCACAGGUGAUCUAAAUAGUUUCUUACGGGGGGAGCAGGGCUUUUGGCCUUCCAUCCGUCGGACGUCGUCAACGGCCAGCGCAAACUUCUAUUCUCGCUGGCCAGCUCUCUUCUAGCCGUGAAAUGGCCAAUCUCUCACCAUACCGCAGCCAAUUCCUCCUCAAAUCAUGCCCAAAUCUCCGAAUCGGCCAAUCUGUCCACGCCGAUGUCGCAAAACGUGGCUUCGACUCCAAUCCCUUCGUGAGGGCCGAAGUGGUCUCUCUGUACUCGGGUCACGGCUCUCAGCGCGACGUCCGGCAGCUGCUCGACGAAAUGACCGAACCGAAUGCUGUCAUAUGGAACGUGGCUAUCUCGCGGUUCUUCCACGCAGGCGACUGCAAUGGAGCUCGAGAGAUCUUCGACUGGAUUCCGUCGCCCAAUGGCGUCACCUGGUCUGCCAUGAUUGCAGGGUAUGCGCAGAAUGGCCGUCCUCGUGAUUCCUUGCUCUCAUUUCGGAGAAUGAGAAGAGAGGAGUCAUGUGCUGUGGUGAAUCCUAACAUUAUUGCUGGUGUUCUCUCGGCCUGUGCGCAGCUGAAAGAUCUUGGUUUUGGAGAGCAAGUGCAUGGUUGCGCAGUGAAGAUCGGCACGUAUACGGAAUCCGAUGCAUUUGUGGGAGCCGCUCUUGUCAACAUGUAUGGUAGAUGUGGCAGCAUGGGCCUUUCUAGGCUGGCGUUUGACUCCGUGGUCUCGAAGAGUGUGGUGGCUUGGUCUUCACUCGUUGCAAAUUACGUGCGGAUUAAUAAUUUUCCCGUCGCAAUGGAGGUCUUUAAGGAGAUGAUUCGGAGCGGUGCCGUACCAAAUAAUGUGACUCUGACCACCAUGAUCUCCGCAUGCUCAGGUAUCUCUUGUUUGUUCUACGGAAGGGAAUUGCAUGCAGCUGUGGUUCGAAGAAGAGCAGAGAAGCCCGACAUAUUUGUAUCAACUGCAUUGAUCGACAUGUAUUGUAAGUGUGGUUCCAUGUCGUAUGCUUGUCGGGUUUUUCAAAUCGAUGGAAGUCUUUUAGGUUGUUGUCCGACCCCAAUGUGGAAUGCAAUGAUCUCAGGAUGUGUAACAAACAAUCAUCUUGAUGAUGCUUUCUGUUUGGUCCGAUCCUUGGGCAGGUCAUUGAGAAGUGGAGCAUGGUUGAACUCUGUAACCAUGGCAGCCAUCCUUCCUGCUUGUGGUAAAUCUCUGUCACUGCUUUAUGGCAAGGAACUUCAUUGUUAUACUCUAAAGUAUGGGUUGGACAAAGAGGUUGUUGUAGGGAAUGGGCUUUUAGAUAUGUAUUGCAAGUGUGGCAAGGUCAGCUCUGCAAAAAAUCAAUUUGAUAUGAUGAUCGAAAAGAAUACGAUCUCAUGGACCACACUGAUCGAUGGCUAUGGAGCACAAGGUGAUGGGCAUGGUGCGAUUGAAGUUUUUGAAAUCAUGGUCAGAGAGGAAAAAGUGGAGCCAGACCAUGUCACUUUUGUGGCUCUCAUCUCUGCAUGCAGUCAUUCUGGUCUCGUGGAGGAAGGUCUUAGAUACUUUGAACUGAUGACUCGAGAGUAUGGGAUCACGCCCACUGGAGAAAAUUAUGGAUGUUUAGUUGAUCUCCUUGCUCGAGCUGGGCACAUCAACGAGGCUAUGAAUGUCAUCAGAACAAUGCCCAUAGAGCCGAGUUCUAAUGUUUGGGGAGCCUUGCUUGGAGCUUGCAGGAUUCACGGGAAUGUUGAUGGAGCAGAGUUGGCAAUGCAACAUCUGCUCGAGCUUGAACCAGAGCGAAGUGGCUUCCAGAAGUUGUUGUCAAAUAUAUAUGCUCAGGUGGGAAGAUUGGAUAGUGCUCAGAAUGUGUGCAAGGAGACGAUUGCAUUGGGUGUGGCUACGAGGCUUGGUUGUAGUUGGUUGGAUAAACCCUCCCGUUUCAACGAAAAAAAAAAGAGACAUGGCAAACAAAUCCAUUGCUCGACAGCGUAGAUACACAAAUUUCAUAGUCUUGAGAUCGUAACGAUCUUUCAGCAUUGAGAUGCUUUAGGAAGAGCUACGAAAGGUUCGAUCUCAGAUCAAUAUGCUGCUUGUAGUCUCAUUUUCUGCUGCGGCUAUUAUAUUCCUUCAGAUAACAUGCAGCUGUUGAAUCUCAGAACUUGGUUGCAAAGUGGAAAAUACAAAUGUAAGAAAUACUAGGACUGAGAAGUACGUAUUGACUUCAAAAGUCCUGCAAAAUAUUGUUGGAAAGGCAAGGGAGAAAAUCUAUGCUACCACACAAAAGAGCUGAAUCUAAAGCUUAACAACCAUCGUUGGAUAAUUGGCACAUUCCUUUCGAUCUGAAAAUUUGCCACUAGAGGAUGUUUUUUUGCAGAAAUCUCCAGUUGGUUGGUGAUGGAGUUUUGCCAUGUCGAGUCACAGGAACAAUAAAUCUCAGACAGGUGCUUCGGCUGACGUUGCCCAAUGCGCUUUAUUAACUGAAAGCUGAAGGCUCAUGUAAUGGGUCUAUCACAACAAGCGAACAGAGUGUAUAUCUGGUCUUCAUUUUAUUUUCAUAUGGAGUCUGGGCCAAACAAAAGAUACGGAUUGUAACCAUGGCCUCAAAUUAACUACAAAUUGCACGUUAAAAGCAUUUAGCGAUCUGGAAACAAUAAGAAGUUGGAGAAAAUGGAAGCCAAGAUGCCUAUUUGUAGCUUUCUAAAGUUACUUUUACAUCUUCCUAUGUACUUACAGGGAACAACAAUAGAGGACAGGAUAAUGUAUGGUUUCAUAA